GAGUAAUACGGGGUGGGACAGGCAAUAGUACUUAUCCAGGGUCUCCUGCUCAAAUAUCCCCUUCUUAUUCACUCUCCUCGACACCUCUUGUAUCCGCGGCCUGGCUUCUCACUGUUUACCUCAGACUUCAUUCGUUCAGUCUUCCAUCACUUGGGGUUCUCCUUCAAUUAACUAAGGUAGAAACUCGACCCUUCACUGGUUCAGUUUCUCUCGAGUCACAUCGCUGUUUCGAACGAGCAUUGGACCCUUUCGAUCACCUCUCAGUCGCUACUCUUAUAAUUCAAAAUGGUCCUGUUGCACUCCCUCAUCGCAAUUGCCUCCGUGGCCGGCGUUGCGCAUUCCCAGAACGAUACAUCGACAGUAGACUCGCAAGACAUUAGCACUCCCACAAAACAACAUUGGUGUCUCACCCAGACCGAAUCUUGCCUCAUCAUUUGCGAUCAGGUCACAGGUGUCACAGGUGAAACUCCAGAUUCAAAUGAGUGUGAGGACACCCUCAAGUAUAGCUGUAUCUGCAGCAAUGGUCAAUCGCCAAACGCCUCCGAAUACACAGAAACGAUCCCCUACUUCCUCUGCACUGAACAGAACACUCGAUGUGUCAACGACUGUCCUCAGAAUGACUCGAGCUGUCAGGAUAAGUGUCGCUCCUCCAACCCUUGCGGAGCUCAACACCCUAGACCCCCGAACAAAACCUCAACCACAGCUGCAUCUACCACGUCUACCUUGCCGCCGUUUACCGGGGAAGCUAACGAUGAAGGAGGCGCCAUCAAGCCGAUUAUUGAUCUUAAACCGGUGUAUGGCCUCUCCAUCGUCCUUGGGGGGUUCUUUGCCGGCUUUGCGUUUCUUCUCUAAUUAUUUUGCAUAUUCAAGUGGCUAGCGAGCGUUGAUAAGUAGCAUUUGAAAUCUUGUCUUGUUCUAUUUUAUGAAUGUAC